AUGCCACUAAGCAAUGACAGACCGCAUAGGCGGGCCCACGUAGCAUGCAAGGCCUGCAACGCUCGCAAGGUUAGGUGUACCGUCACCUUGUCUGGUCCACCGUGCGCCAAUUGCGCCGUGGACAAUGUCCUCUGCGAGAUACAGAGCCGCAAGCGGAGACGAAAUACGGACCUGUUGCCUGAAGUGCCUGGAUCGGAGGCGCAAGAUAGUCCAGGUCCCUCUCAGCACGGACAACCAACCCCAGAAGUCCAUACGUCGCAAACCGAGAGCCCACAACAUGGUACCGUCGUUGUAGCAACGGACUAUGAGCAACCCCAAUGGGAGAGGCCUGGAGAGCUUGAUGGUCAUACGUCCCCAAACCAGUUGCCUCGGGCUCAAAAUCACUCUCCUGAUGUGGCCAGUCGGGAAACCAUUCCCGUUGGACACGAGACCGCUGGUUACGAAGCUCCGCCAGCUCCAUCCGCAGAAGUUCAUCAACCAGAGCACAUCGAAAGCUUCGACACCCCAACUUCAUCUGCGAUCGCCAAUGACACCUCAGCAUGGGCCGAGACUCUCGAGGAGGGUGAGAGUCAUGUCGACCGAGUGCCGUUCUACCCAGGUGAUAAAAGAGGUCCCGCUUUUGUCAUAGACAUUUGCAACCCUCAGCGGUCAACAAAUAGCAACCAUGCUUUCGUAGCUAUGCCGUCAAUGGAAUCCCUUCGACCAGAGGAGAUAGAGUAUCUUCGGUUCAAAGGAUGCUUUUCUCUGCCUCCUCGUGAGCUACGAGAAGCUCUCGUGAGAGCUUACUUCCACUACAACCACCCCUUUGAGCCAGUCCUAGACCCCGAGGACUUUUUCAACAAGUACAGCAAAGGCCAUCUCAGCUUGUUGCUUCUGUGGAGCAUGUUUGUGUCUGCCGCGAGCUUCAUCGAUGACAAGUUGUUUGCGGAAAGCUUCUAUGACUCCCAGCUUGGGUUUAAGCGCACGGCAUAUCAGCGAGCCAAGGCGUUGUAUGAUGCAGACUACGAGAAGAACAAACUUACAUUGAUUCAGUCCGUGUUCCUUAUGGGACAUUUUUACGCCAAUGCCGAAGAUCGCAUGGGACCUUGGCAUUGGAACGGCAUCGCUAUUAGUCUGUCUCAUACCAUCGGCCUGCACAUGCUUACAUCCCCAGCACAUGAAGGCAUUCAACCAUCAUGGCGCCGUCUUUGGUGGUGCAUCUAUUACCGUGAAGUUUGGCUCUCGCUGGGCCAAGGCCGACCAAUGCGCAUCUCUCUGGAUCACUGCUCGACUCCGAUGCCUGGGCCAUAUGACACUAGCCCUGUGUGUCCGCCGGAGUACCAGUACUACUUACCCGAGCAACUUGGCACUUUGCUUGGCAUGUGGCUAGGCCUGAUCAGAGUGACACGUGUUUUAGGAAGAAUAUUGUCGACCAACUAUGCCAUCAAGGGGGCAAAGCCGUCAAGAAACGACAUUGAGAGAGACGAGAAUGAGAUCCGAGCCAACUGGUUCCCGGACGGAAAAUACGACCAAAAUUCAGUUCUAGAGUCCCAUUUAUACCAAUUUCGACUCCAUGUUCAGGCGGCAAUUAUUGCUCUUUACCGGCCGUUCCUCCGCGAAACGCCCCAUGGGGUUCUUGAAGAUCAUGUCGACUCUUGGCAGACGUUGGCGAAUAACAAGGUUCGGGCGGCGGCUUCUGACGCAACCAGUGCUGUCAACUCGAUGAUGGCGGAGGAUCUGAUAAAAUACACCCAGAGUGUUGCAAUCCUUGCUCUCGGCCCGCCGAUGCAGGUCCACCUACUUGAACUGACGUCAUCAAGGCGAUCAUCGAGCCAAUUGGCAAGGCAUAACUUGGCACUCUGUAUGCUUGCUCUAGAUGGGAUGCGAAAGUCUUAUAUCUCGGCUGAUGCGGCCUACAAACUAUUCGACCGCGCGAGGAGCAUGGUCGAGAAGACUCGGCAAAAAGCCGAGGCUGCCUCACGAGAGCCGACAGCUGUGCCAGAGACGCAGGGAAUUGAGACUACGCAAUGGCUUGAUGAUUCUGAGGGUUAUGAUUUUGCGUCGACGGGGAUCUUUUCGGCGUUUUGGACGCCAUUUGCGACUUUCAUACCAGAUGACUUUUCGGGAGCUUCUUCCUAG